CUAUAGUAUAUAACUGUGCAGAGAACAGUCAGAGAAAGCCAACAUACCUGACCCAACGAGCGAAUCGAGUCUUCUGCUUCGGAGAGAGUGCCAGCUUCCCGUGCUUGUCACUGUAGGAGGGUGAGAACAGAAUCAAAGCCUGACGUUAUCUGGUAGAGGAGAGUCAAAACUGGAACUACAGGACUGACGACAGGAAGACACCUGCGUGUGGCUGAAGUUUCGCUCUUACAUCUUCUUUCCAGGAGUUGAUUCUGCAGUGAAGAGGAAUGGCUUGGAACAUCACAAUGUACAAGGAGGAUAUGAACUUGUCUCUGAUCCAAGGCAAUGACACCUAUGAGCAGGAUCCUACCUGGCAGGGCUUCAAUGAGUACCUGCUGAAAAUCAUCUAUCUUGUCUUAGUCAUCUUCUGGAUGGUGACUGGCUGUGUUGGUAACGUGCUUGUCAUGGCCGCCAUCGCAACUCACAAGCGACUUCGAACUCUCGCAAACAUCUUUGUUGUCAACCUCGCCAUAGCCGACAUUAUCGUGUCUUCGAUAAUCAAUGUCUUCACAAUCAUCAGCAUCAUGUCUGAUGGCGAGUACUGGGAAAUGCGGCCGAUGCUGUGUGACGUGAUUGGUGGAAUGUGCGUCAUUGUCUGCGUGUGUUCCAUGUACAAUAUUGCCGCCAUUGCUGCCAACCGCUACAUAGCCAUCUGCCACAACUCUUACUACCACGACAUCUACACUCAUAGGAAGACCGUCCUCAUGGCCAUUAGUCUGUGGGUGCUGUGCACACUGCUGGACUUGCCAAACUUCCUGGGUUGGGGCGGGCAUCACUACGACCGCAAAACCAUGAUCUGCUCCUACAACCACCUCGCAGACUACAGCUACACACUCUUCCUGAUCCUGUUGGGCCUCGGCUUGCCUAUGGGUGUCGUCAUCUUCUGCUACAUCUGCUUGUACAUCCACGUACAACAGAGCCGCAAAAACCUAGCAAAACUGUCCGGGAAAAACGCCAUCAUCUACAUGAAGGCCUCAAAGUCUGUACAGUACCCUCCAAAGUCACCCAUGAUGAGCAAGUCCACCAAGAUUGACAAGAGCCUCAAAGUAUCGGAACACUCCAAGAAAAAGGGAUGGGGCCGAAUGACCAACAGUGACAUUCGCCUCCUCAAAACACUGCUGGUCAUUUUCAUCAGCUUUGCAUUAUGCUGGACGCCGUAUGGUGUUAUCUUCUUGGUGGACUCCAAAGGACAAUGGCCAAAGCCUGUGUACGUCAUGGCAAUCAUUCUUGCGCACUUGAACAGUAGCAUGAACAGUGUAAUCUAUGGCGUGAUGAACCGCAGCUUCCGACAAGCCUACAUCGCGCUCUUCCGGAGAUGCUUUUGCAGACAACACAACGACAGCUACUUCGGGGGCAAGACCACACAAGUUUACAGCAAUGCAAACCACAAUGGAAUCUAUCACAGCAAUGCUAACGUCAACGAUAUUCAGAUGAUUCAGUUGGGGCAUCACGCCAAUGGCAGAAGAGAUAGAGAUAGAGAUAGUGCCAGCAAUGAUACGCCAAGUGAUGUCAAGUUUUAAACAAUGGGUCUACAAAAAUGGCAAAGUCUCCUACUACAGAUCCUUAUUGACAUUCUGUUGAUUGCUCUCAUAUGUAUUAUCUUGUCAUUCAAACGACAAAAUUUGGAGGGUGUGUCCCAGAUUCAUUUGCACAGAGCAAACCUUUGUGAAACGGAAAGCUUAAGUGAUGUCUUUCUUCUACUUUUCAAAUUUAAACACUAAUUUUUCUAGCAUACAAAUUAGAAGUGACGUUCUCUGAAACAACCAAAAAUCAUAAUCCAGAAUCACUUUCCAGAUGUGAAUGACAGAAUCUGAAGAGAUUCUUGGCAAAUUAUAACAUGUGCAUUACUAAACUUUGAGAAGACAAGUAAACUUUUCAUGGCAGAUAUUAUCAAAAUUAAAAGAAACAACAUAUUAAAUCCCCUUCACACGAGAAGGAAUGAGCCGGAAUGCC